AUGCGUUUCUCUACUACACUCGCUACUGCAGCUACUGCGCUAUUUUUCACAGCUUCCCAAGUUUCAGCUAUUGGUGAAUUAGCUUUCAACUUGGGUGUUAAGAACAACGAUGGUACUUGUAAGUCCACUUCCGACUACGAAACUGAAUUACAAGCCCUAAAGAGCUACACUUCCACCGUCAAAGUUUACGCUGCCUCAGAUUGUAACACUUUGCAAAAUUUGGGUCCUGCUGCUGAGGCUGAGGGAUUUACCAUCUUUGUUGGUGUUUGGCCAACAGACGAUAGUCAUUACGCUGCUGAAAAGGCUGCUUUGCAAACCUAUUUGCCAAAAAUUAAAGAAUCCACUGUUGCUGGUUUCUUGGUUGGUUCCGAAGCCUUAUACCGUGACGAUUUGACUGCUUCCGAACUAUCUGAUAAAAUCAACGAUGUCCGUAGUGUCGUGGCUGACAUUUCCGAUUCUGAUGGAAAGUCUUAUUCUGGUAAGCAAGUCGGUACCGUCGAUUCCUGGAAUGUUUUGGUUGCCGGUUACAAUUCUGCCGUUAUUGAAGCUUCCGAUUUUGUUAUGGCUAACGCUUUCUCUUAUUGGCAAGGUCAAACCAUGCAAAAUGCCUCUUACUCAUUCUUUGAUGACAUUAUGCAAGCUUUACAAGUUAUUCAAUCCACUAAAGGUUCCACUGAUAUUACCUUCUGGGUUGGUGAGACCGGUUGGCCAACCGAUGGUACCAACUUUGAAAGUUCUUACCCAUCUGUUGACAACGCUAAACAAUUCUGGAAAGAAGGUAUCUGUUCUAUGAGAGCUUGGGGUGUUAACGUUAUUGUCUUUGAAGCCUUUGAUGAAGAUUGGAAGCCAAACACCUCUGGUACCUCUGAUGUCGAAAAGCACUGGGGUGUUUUUACUUCAAGUGACAAUUUGAAAUACUCUUUGGACUGUGACUUUUCAUGA